AUGCAAGGGCUCGGCGUGUUUUGUGCACCGUUCUUGUCUGGACCAAUGGCGGGCCACCAAGGAGGGAUUCGCCUUCUGCCACUGCUCCACGUGCAAGACGAGCUUCCACCUGCGCGUGUGCCCGUUGUCCAACCCGCGAUUCCGCCAUCUCAAGUUCAGAUUCUUUGUCGCGAGGGAUGUUGUGCUCGUGACGCUGCUGGUGCAGCUGGGUUUCCACUCCUCCUCGCACUCGCUCCCUCACUCGCUACCUCACUCGCUCCCUCACUCGCUCCCUCACUCGCUCCCUCACUCGCUCCCUCACUCGCUCCCUCACUCGCUCCCUCACUCGCUCCCUCACUCGCUCCCUCACUCGCUCCCUCACUCACUCCCUCACUCUCCCCGCCGGGAUCUGCUCCCCCCCUUCUCCCAUUCCCCCACUUCUCCCAUGCCCCCCCUUCUUCCCUCCUCAAUUUCCACCACCUCUCCAGCUGA